UGGGGUCUCAUCUCCCUGGGGUUCCUGCAGCAGCCACUGCCCUCCCUAAUCCUUCCCACACCCUACCAUGUUGGUUAGUACACCGCAUCUACUAACACUGGAUGAAGCUGAUGCCACCUGGACUCUCAUCAAGGAUAAGGUCAUCGAGGAGCGCUUUGGGUCCAAUGUAGUGGCAGUACCUUUCUUGUCGGAUGCAGCCUGCUAUGACCUACUGGGCGUACUGGUGAAACAGUCCCGCCCAGCUCAUACCCGCCUGGCUUUGCCAGGCCGGCAGGGUCGGAGGGCACUGAAGUCAGUGGGACCGCUACCAAACCUUCUAGAACAGGCAGGGUCUGAUGGUGCCUUUGCCCACUGCACUCGGGAAUACUCACCAAAUGGCCGAGCUGAGAUAGCCUAUGAAGAGAUGAGACUGUUAGAUGGGCAGCCCUGCUGGAUCCGCCUACAUAUGGGUGGCCUGCGCAAGAAGGUUGCCUUCCUGUUGCUGCCACCAGGGCAGGUAAGCCUACAGCAGACUCUUCCCUGGCUCCGAAGCACCCACAGCAUCUAUGUCAUCUACCAGGUCUUCUCCUGCUCCUGGCUGCAGCUGGGGUUGUUGCCUACAGCCCGUGAGCCCCAGUUGCUCCGGUUACAGCGGUCAUUGCCUGUUGCCUUCUCUUGCCUCAAGUUUUCACUGCAGCCCAAGGGUGUGUUGGGACCACAGAAGCCUCUCACCAAAGACCCACUGCCCCAUGGGGCCAACUGGGUCAGACCCAACCUUAGCAUCAUGCCAGCUCUGGCCCCCACAUCAGCACCUGCUGAUACCCCUGAAGUUGCUGAUGUGCCCCUACCUGUCCCAGCCGCACCUACACCACCUCCCCAGGAAGGGCCAGAAGGCAGACCAACAAGAUUCUCCUACAAGGGCCGAAACCCCUUCCGGAGGGGUCCCCAAAUGCUGUCAGAAAACUGGCUCUUCAUCCCCCGCGGCACCCCACCAGGAGCCCAGGGUGGGGGCCCCGGGGACCCCGACCGGCACUCCAUGUCCCUGCCCCUGCUGCAGGGUCUGUCCUCGGAGUUCGACAGCGACGACUGAAGCUGAGGCAAGAGAUGCAGGGGGCAAGGCCCCCAAGAUCUGACAUAGGGAUAUUGAUCCCCAAUAAACAUCAGCUGCUGCUCCCCCAAA